GCCAGAGAGAACGUGCGACGUCGUGACGUCUUCCGCAGCAGUCGGUACGGGAAGCCAGAGGCAAACCGAGAUAUUUAUAUUUUUUUACUUACUAAUACCUACGAUUGAUGUGAACGCCAUGCCCUACCUGGGCGGAGAGGAGACGGUGAGAGAAAUAAGGAGAGCUCUCGCCAACCCCAACGUCCAGUCUGAUCACCUCCGCUACAGGAACACGAUACUGAGGGUUAUUCGGUUGAUGUCCCAGGGGGUGGAUGUGUCAGGGGUGUUCAGUGAGAUGGUGAAGGCGUGUGCCAGCGUGGACGUGGUCCAGAAGAAGCUGGUGUAUGUGUUCCUGGUGAGCUAUGCCAGCACGACCCCUGACCUCUCCCUGCUGGUCAUCAACACCCUGAGGAAGGACUGCCAGGACCCCAACCCCAUGGUGCGCAGCCUGGCCCUGCGCAACAUGACCAACCUCAGGCUCCCAGGUCUGAUGGAGUAUGUGGAGCAGCCUCUGUCAGCAGGCCUGCGUGACCGGGCAGCCUGUGUGAGGAGGGUGGCUGUGCUGGGCUGGGCGAAGAUACACAACCUGCAGCCCAACACAGGCAUAGAUGCCUCUAUAGUAAACGAGCUGUAUGGGUUGCUACGGGACAGUGAUCCUGUUGUCAUGGUGAACUGUCUCCGGGCACUGGAGGAGAUUUUGAGGGACGAGGGGGGCGUGGCCAUCAACAAACCCAUCGCCCACCAUCUCCUCAACAGGCUGCAGCAGUGUGACGUGUGGGGUCAGUGUGAGGUGCUGAGGGUUCUGCAGCGCUACCAGCCGUCCAGUGAGGAGGAGCUGUUUGACAUCCUGUCAGUGCUGGACCCCUCCCUGCUCAGCCCCCCCCCUCUGGGGGCUGCCACCCUGGCCCUCUUCCUCGGCCUGUGCUCCUCGCUCCCGGCCGCGGGUGUGUCGGCGCUGGAGCGCGCACAAGGCCCCCUGCUGGCCGCGUGUGGAAGCUCCUGCCGGGAGAUGAGGUUCUCUGCUCUCUGCCACAUCCAGCUCCUGAUGCGGUCUGCUCCAGGCCUCAUGGGGGCGCACUUCAAGCGCUUCUUCUGCAGCUACGCCGAGCCGGCCUACAUCAAGCAGAGGAAGAUGCAGGUCCUGGUGGAGCUGGUGAAUGAUGAGAAUGUGUCUCUGGUUCUGGAUGAACUGAAGGGGCACUGUACUGAUGUCAACCCUGACACUGCCCACGCUGCCAUCACUGCUAUAGGUCGUAUCGGGCGCUCCUACAGUGACAGGUGUCUGGACAUUCUCACUGACUUGCUGAGACUGAAACAGGAACACAUUACCUCUGCGGUGCUGCAGACCCUCGGGGACCUGGUGUGGGCGUGUCCUCAGAGCAGCUCUGCUGUGUGUUCAGCCCUGGAGGGCUGGGAAGACACACUGCUGGACACGCAGGGCAGGCAGGCCUUGCUGUGGCUGCUGGGGGUGUACGGGGAGAAUGUGAGCAGCGCCCCCUACCUGCUGGAGGGCCAGAUCGACGGGCUGCGGAGCGAGGUGUGUGUGGAGGUGAAAAUGGAGCUGCUCACCUCCACCCUCAGGCUGUUCCUCUACAGACCCGCAGAGACACAGGACAUGCUGGGGCGCCUGCUGCACUACUGCAUGGAGGAGGAGACAGACAUGUGUGUACGUGACCAGGCUGCGCUGUACUACCGACUGUUGCAUUGUGGGAUAGACGAAACCCGUCGGGUCCUCCAGGGACGGAGGUCGGAUCCCUCUCUGGGCGUUCUGAUUGGUCGGCCCUCCGAGCCUGUUAGCCAGUGGGCUGGCAGCUUUAACACCCUGGCACCGUUGUGCCUGAGAGCUGUAGUUCCAGAACCAGCCACUGGGGGCUGCCCUGAGCAGAGCCCUCCAACCCCCAACCUUGACCUCCGAACUCUGACCCCCUGCCCUGUUCCACCCCCAGCUGAAGACAUGGCUCAGCUUCAUCAUGAUGAUGAGGAUGAAGAUGGUGGUGAUGUAGAUGGUGAAGCCUCUCUGUCCCUGUCGCCCUCUCUGAGCCCGGAGCAGUUUGAGCAGCACUGGCUGCAGGAGGAGGUGUGUGUGGAGGUGUGUGUGGGCUGCCCCGCGGCCCUCGCUCCCCCCUCCAGCCUGCAGGCGGCGCUGCAGCUGGUCAACAUCCACACCCUGGCCUUCACUCCGCCACACACACGGCCCUGGAGGGUCUACCUGUACACACACACCUCGCACACACACCUGGAACACACACCUCACACUCUCAUACUUGGGGAGUUGCUGUGUACCGGAGAGAGGGAGGAGAGAGGGGGAGAGGGGGAAGAGGGGGAAGAGGAGGGGGUGAGAGGGGAGGAGGGGUUGAGGAGGGGGGAAGAGGGAGAGAAGGAGGAAGGGGUGCGGAAGGAAGAGAGGGAGGUGUGGAGGGGAGAAAGGGAGGAGGAGGGGGUGAGGGUGAUUGUAAAGCAGCAACCGAAACAUGAAGAGGCUCUUAAAGUGUUUCUGUCAGUCCUCACAACAGUACUACACACUGUCUCCAUGGAGACAACUUGACUACACUCACUGUCUCCUUGGAGACAACUUGACUACACACACUUGCAGCUAUUGAGACAGAAAGUAAAAAUAUAGAGAGAAGUUUUAAUUACAUUUAAUAAAUUAAGUGGUUUCAGCCUAAUCCUCA